AUGCUGCUCAAUCCCUUAGGUACGACAGUUGUGCUUGGGUGCGUUCUGUCUCUCAUUGCCAAGUUCUCGUGUCAAGGGAGACCAGGCUCGAAGCUCGUUCUGCUUGGGUCUAUUGCAUUAUUGUCUGUGGCAUUGUCUGGAAUGCUGAAUGUUUGGGCCUGUGAUGCCUCGGCUUUGUUUCUCCUGCCUGCUUGGAGUUCAACUCGUCGAACUUGGCCCUUGAGGAAUGAAGUACCUUACACGUGGUUGGAUGUGAAGGUGGCUGCGAAAUCCUUUGGAGUCUUCUACUUUGCUCUGCUUUCUUCUUUGGCGUUUUUCAAGGUCUUGCGGACUACUUGCCGAAGUCGUCAUUUGAAGAGCAUGCAUAAUUGUGUGGGUACUAUGUUGUCCACUGUUGGCUUACCCUGUGUGGCUGGACACUUCACUUGUGCUGCUCUUGGUUACUCAGCAGUUCCACUGGCCUUGUUUGCCACGAUUGUCCUCAUCCCUCCGUUCAGUGCUGCUACAGGUGCAGCUGACAAAGCUGUUUCGUCCAUGACAUUAGGGUUCUGUGAUAAUGGCAUUGUUCCAUUUAUCCUGCUGGGGAUUGCCAUGCUCUCUGCUGCUGCAGUGGGACAUAUGACAGGUGUGGCUGGCAUUGCAGGGAUUUUGGCUCAGAUAUGUGUUAGUAAUAGGAGGAUUAAACCCUUGAGAGUGGUUAUGCCAUGUGUGGCAAAUUAUUGGCUUAUGCAUGCAAUGAUUGAUUGUAAUUCCAUUAAAAUGGUUGAAUGAAAAUGAACA